GCCCCUCCUACCCCCCGCCCUCCAAGGUUGCGGGUCAGCGUGAGCCACUGCAGUAAAAUCAUUAUCGGUCGGAGUAAAGCAGAAGCUGUAAGGGGUGGCGAAUCUGUCUUCUUCUUGGGAAAGCUCAUAGGAACAUUUAGCAACGUUAACGGCAGCACCACACCAGCGGCACCAUGGGGAAUGAAGCAAGCUACCCUUUGGAAAUGUGUUCACACUUUGAUGCUGAUGAGAUUAAACGGUUAGGAAAACGAUUUAAAAAGCUUGACUUGGACAAUUCUGGUUCGCUGAGUGUAGAAGAGUUUAUGUCUUUACCAGAGCUGCAGCAAAACCCAUUAGUACAGCGAGUUAUAGAUAUAUUUGAUACAGAUGGAAAUGGUGAAGUUGACUUCAAAGAAUUUAUAGAAGGAGUUUCACAGUUCAGUGUCAAAGGAGACAAAGAACAAAAAUUGAGGUUUGCCUUCCGGAUUUAUGACAUGGACAAAGAUGGUUACAUUUCAAAUGGGGAACUCUUCCAAGUGCUUAAGAUGAUGGUGGGGAACAACUUGAAGGACACUCAGUUACAACAGAUAGUAGACAAAACAAUAAUUAAUGCAGAUAAGGAUGGUGAUGGCAGAAUAUCAUUUGAAGAAUUUUGUGCAGUUGUAGGAGGCCUAGAUAUUCACAAAAAGAUGGUGGUAGAUGUGUGACCAUUUUCAGAGCACCAUUCAACACUUGCUUUCUUCUCCAUCUCUGAAGAUCUGCUCAAGAUGUCCAGCAAUGCUCUCUGUGUAUUUAAAUGGAAGUAUUUAUCUCUGUGAAGCCACUUUUUCCAACAUGAGCCUCAUGAAGCCAACUAAGUGUUAUUGAACUUCAGUUAUCUCAAUAACUUGGUGUAGCACUUUAAAGUCUGAAGGACAGCAUAAUGGGAAGAGCAUAUCGGUAUGAUGGAGAAAGGGAAGGGGACUUGGCUUUUUUCUUUUUAAUUUAUUUUGUUCUGUCUUUUAUAACAAGGAAGUAUACCUGUAGCUUUCUACAAAACAGUAGCUAGAUGGGCUUGAACUUAAUAUACUUGAUUUCAGCAACAACAAAGAUAGAGGACAAAGUGCCAAGCAGAACUUGAACCAGUACAAUAUAUGCAUGCACAAAACUUGGGUUUCACACUGCUUUUGUAUGUAGUAUGAAUACAGUAAAUUAUCUGUGUUCACAUUUUUAUUACCUUUGACCCUCCAUAGAAUGUUUGUAUAUUGGCUGGUUUGACAAAACAUCUUUAUGUCCUGUUUUACCUAAGCUAAAUAUUUUUGCAUUUUUGUAACAUUGGGGACUAUAUGUUUUAUUUAUACCUGUUAAUAUGUAUCGGGGACUGUGUCUCACCUAGGUCUUUUAAUAAAAUUCUAGAUAAUGUAGUACAAUGCAGAUGCCAAGAGCUGAAACUGCAGAAUGCUUUGUGUAGAAUUCAUUCUCUUAUUUCAUAUUCUAGAAGUUGCACCUAGUAAACAUCCCCAUAAUAACUUUCUUUGGAUUAAUGUUUUCAAGUGUAAUCAGCUUUUUUUAACACUUAACAUACUGAAUGUGAAUUAGAAAACUGGUAGCACUCUUAACUUUUAAAAUGCCCACGUUUUCAACAUUGCAUACUUCAGUAAAACACUUAAGACUAGUUUGUUUUUACCUUUGUGAUGUUAUCCCUUCUAAACCUACUGCAGGCAGCAAAAAUCAAUGAUGUUGAAUAUAUGUAUAUUAGGUAUGAUUUUGGGUGGGGGGGUUUGUUCUUUUGAUUUAUUACAUUGAUAAAAAAGCAAAUGUACAAUCAUUAGCUAAACAUACAUCCUGGUUACCCUCUGCAAUCCCUUAUAUAUAUAUGUAUGAUUUUUUUUGCUUUUUUCAUGGUCCUGUUUUGAGUUAUUUGAAACAAUAUAUUACUCUGGAGUGUGUUUUUAGCAGGUAUUAGGCUAUGUUACAAAAAAUAUUUCCACAUCCCUUCCCUUUCCUGCAGUGGUACUUAUUGGUUGGAAUUUUAAACAUUUAAUAGAUUCCUAGAUAAAUACACGUUUAUCCUGCAUUCAUUCAUUGAUUCAUUCAGUAAUUAGAACUUCAGUACAAUGGUUUUGAUUAAAAAAAUGACUAGUUGCUGAAAAUGCAGGUUGGAGACAAUCUGCUAACUCAAGCACCUAUCUGCCAUAGCUGUUCCUUCAGCUUAGUGCUGCACAUCCAUGGGCUCUGUCUGUGAGAGAAAUCCAGGUGCUUGGUGUCCUUGCAUGACAUGGAGUUUUUUGCAUGUAGAAUGAUUUGAAAUGUUCCUCUUGUUUACAUAAAGCAAUGUUCAUGUUCAUAUUUAAAAUAAAAAAGACAAAAAAUUGUUGCCAAACUUAGAUCAAUGUUUAAGUUUAAAAGGAAAAAAAAACUCCACUACAUGUAACUCUUGUAUUCCUCUGGAUCAGUACUUGGCUUGGGGUAGUCCCUGCAAGUGGUCAUAUCUGUUCCAGUGUCAACUGCCAUGUGCUCUGCUUCAAGGGGAAAUUAGUCUUUUGUGAAUUUAUUUUGUACAUAAGUAUUUGUUACAUAUAUUUUAGUAAAUGCUUUCUCUUUCUCUUUGUUGCUUGUGCAUAAUUUGGCCGAUGUUAUAGAUAGUAGUGCAAGCAUUAUUUUCUUAUUAAAGGGGAAACGAUUUCUUCAAUUUGUGUGGGAAAUGGUUAAUGUUGAAUGUUUAUAUAUUUUCUUUUCUUUUUGCAUGCUGCAUCAUAUGCUGUGGGAACUAUAGGAAUCUCCAAACUGUAUGACUCGAUCGAAAUAAAACAUUUUAAACUUGUUA